AAACAUCGGCCUGUACUUUAGGCUUCAGAGCGUGUCCAUGUGAAGAGUGGAAAGUUUUCAAUAUGUAAUUCCUGUAGAUAACUGACCACGUUUCGGAAAUACAAAGUCUUGCAUCAGACGGGACCUGGAUGAAUCUCUGCUCCCUCACUCGGACAGAUAAGAUUGGGCCCUUGUUCUUGUGGUUCACAAGACUUGAAAUCGCAUAGCGCAGUAAAGUGUUCGGUCUUCCUUUGCGUCGCCGCUUGAGACGCCCCUCUUGAGCUUACCUCAUACCCCACAGCUCUUUGUUGACAUAUCUAGGGUCUCCUCCGUCAGCCUAGCUCACUGCUCCAUCAAGUGAAAUAGCUAAAACGGAAAACUAUGAAGUUUGAUGACAUUUUAUAUCACCUUGGUGAGUUCGGAGCGUACCAGAAACGAAUAUAUGUGUUGACAUGCAUCCCGGCAAUAUCUGUAGCGUUCCAGACCCUCCUACCUGUGUUUUACCUGGCUAUUCCCGACAACAGGUGUGCGGUCCCAGGCUUAGCCAAUGAUACCUACAACAGUCAGGGAAGAAGUCACGAUGUCAUCGUCAACAGAACCAUUCCCUGGGAACGUGAUGACGAUGGGGCAUCGAUCUUAUCAGCUUGCAACGUGUACUCUAACUUGACAGCGGGCAACAAUACACGGGAGUGUACAUCCUGGGUGUACGACAAAACCACCUUCACCUCCACAGCUCUGGCGCAAUACAACAUCGUGUGUGCGAACAAGGGAUGGCGAGCCACGUCCAACUCCAUCACUUUUGCGGGUAGUCUGGUUGGUGCACUCUUCCUCGGGCUAUUGUCUGACGUGAUUGGGAGAAAGAAGACGUUCUUUCUGAGUAUAUUUUUCCACUGCGCAAGUAGCAUCAGCAUAGCUUUCGCCCCUAACAUGGUUGGCUUUAUUGCCCUGAGGUUCAUCAACGGAGUCGCGAACGCAGGUCUUUUCAUGUCAGCCUUUGUUAUUGGGAUGGAGCUUGUCGGGCCCUCGAAAAGAGUAAUUGCUGGAAUUGUCAUCGAACUGUUCUGGUGCCUCGGUCUGUUCAUUCUGGGAGCUGUGGCUUAUGGUAUUCGGAACUGGCAACAUCUGCAGCUGAUUCUCUCCGUGCCGCCUGUGCUCAUGCUCUUCAUGUGGUGGUUUAUUCCCGAAUCUCCAAGAUGGCUGCUGUCACGCGGGAGGGACGCUGAAGCUGAACAGAUUAUCCGGAAGGCGGCAGAAGUGAAUGGCGUGGACCUUCCUCCCAAACUAUUUGACAAUUCAACUGUGCAAAAGCAGCCUAGUGCAAGGGUGUGGGAAAUGUUCACAACGCCAGUUCUCCUUAUCAGAACACUCGUCAUUUUUUUCAAUUGGUUUGUGGUCAGCAUGGUGUACUACGGCCUUGGACUGAACGUCCAAAACCUCAGCGGAGACAUCUACCUCAACUUCACAAUCGCCAACAUCAUGGAGACUGUUGCCUACGUCCUCUGCAUCUUACUCCUCGACCGUACCGGAAGGAAGAAUCUGCAUUGUGGGAGUAUGCUGCUGGGUGGCAUCGCGUGUCUGCUCACCAUGUUUCCAGUGAUGUAUGGCAACAAAUCACACACCUGGAUUACCACUGCACUGUCAAUGAUUGGGAAACUUGGUGCUUCUGGAGCCUUUGCCAUCAUAUACGUAUUUUCUGCCGAACUGUUUCCAACUGUUGUCAGAAACUCUGGAAUGGGUGCUAGCUCCGUAUUUGCACGUGUAGGGGGAAUUAUCUCCCCCUACGUAGCUGAUCUGGGCCUAUUCGUAGGUGGUGAUCUGAAGGUGGCGCUUCCACUGAUUGUUUUCGGAGCUGUGAGUGUUGGUGCAGGUCUUAUUUCACUUCUCCUCCCGGAAACCCUGAACCGAAAACUCCCGGAAAGCAUCGAAGACGCGAAGGCGUUUGGAAAAACAAACAGCCGGACAGAAUACCAUCUUGAUACAUUGGAGGAUGCCGACAAUUACAAAGAAACAUUCAAGAGCAAAGAGAGCGAUAAAUACUAAAGAGAGACAAUAUAUUUGAAAAGUAGGAUACCAUUGCAUAACAUUUCUGUGGACAUAACUACCGAAAUGGUUUAUUUUUUAGAACCUAUAUGUUCUCUUCGGUACAAACAUUAACAUCUAACAAUUUCAUAUUUCUGUACCAUGAACUUACCAAAUGUUUUAUCGCAUUUUAUCGCAAUCAGAGACCAUAUGGUCUCUGUCGCAAUGGAUAAACUGUAUAUGUGUGUAAUAUACUGGAUUUUCAUACUAUAUUCUUUAAAGGAAAAUAUGUGAUGAGUGAUGAAAAUAGAGCUCAUAAAGAAAACAGAUUCUAAUAUGUAAUUAUUUUGGGAGAGAUUAUGAAACCGAAUCGUUGAAAGGGGUAAGGAAAACUAACUGUAACCUAAUAUUUAUAGUAUACCUUUUGAUUUCAGAAGGUUUUAGGCAGAACUGUCGAUUCCCGACAUGGGUACAAUGUGUGAAGCACCAUUUCUGGUGUCCCCCGCCGUGAUAUUGCUGGAAUAUUGCUAAAAGCGGCGUAAUACCAUUCUCACUCACUCACUCACUGAACCGUUUCUAGGAUAUAAACUGGAGGUCUGCGUCGUUUGAAGGGCAUGGUUACAUUUGGACCCUCAGUUACAGUGGAAUUCCUGUGAACUUACUGCACAUAGCUACCUGUGAUAGGUCCACCGAACCUUGCAGACAAAUAUAUCAUUUUUAGUUUAGAGUAAACAAUAAACGACAUUUAUUGAUAUAACAAUGCCUGUGACAA